AUGGACUGGGAUGUAGGUCGCGUAUCUGCCGUGGGCAUGGAGAGCACGCAAGCAAGAUCCAUUGAUCCGCCACAUACCGAUCCAGCAUCUCUACAGCGUCGUCUGGUAUCUUUUCUUCGUGGUUUUCGCGUUGGCCCGCUAUUCUUUUACCGGGAGCAGCUUCUAGCCAAUGCACGACGCCAUUAUUGGUUCGUGACUGUGAAUGUCUCACACUUGGCAGUUUUCGACCAAGAGCUGCAAGAUCUUUUACUGAAAAGCCCAAAGGAACAAUUGCCACUUAUGGAAAAUGCGGCAAAGGAAAUUUUGACGCAGCUGCUCGUGUCAGCCAACGAGUCGUCCUUUGCCGCAAUGGGUGAGUCAUCAUCUGAUAUGACUUUGACAGUCAAAGGAAACGUCCCUGACAUUCAAGUAAUUUUGACUAGUGACCAAACCCCAGUACCACUUCGACAUGUACAUGCUCAAGAAAUUAACCGGCUUGUCAAAGUUCCUGGUAUCGUAAUCAGUGCCACACGAGUGCGCACGAAAUGUAUCUCGGCAACUUUAAGAUGUCGCAAUUGUGGUCACACCAAACGUGUGGCCGUAUCAGGAAUGGGUGGGGUUAAUAUCCCUCGCAUUUGUGACCGUAAUCGAGACAAUGACAAUAUGAUGACUCCAGGCGAAAUGUGUCCCAAAGAUUGUUACAUGGUAUUACCAGAUAAAGGUGAUUACGUUGAUCAACAAACACUUAAGUUGCAGGAAAAUCCAGAAGUCGUACCGACGGGUGAAAUGCCGCGCAACUUAGCAUUAAUAGCUGAUCGUCACUUGGUUGAUAAAGUAUCUCCUGGUACUCGUGUAUCAAUAAAGGUGCUGGACGAGCGAAAGCAACAUUUUCACCUGCUGAGGAAGAAAAAAUUCCAUGAAAUGGCACGUAAUCCGAAUCUUUAUGAGAAAUUAGCAGCAAGUAUUGCUCCUUCCAUUUAUGGUGAGUAUACGGUCAAUAUGAAAAAAGCAAUUAUUUGUUUACUAAUUGGUGGCUCCAGAAAACGUUUACCCGAUGGAAUGAUCUUACGUGGUGAUAUUAAUGUCUUAUUACUUGGAGAUCCAAGUACCGCAAAAUCUCAAUUUUUAAAAUUUACAGAGAAAAUUGCUCCUGUAGGUGUCUACACAUCGGGUAAAGGUAGUAGUGCUGCUGGUCUUACGGCGUCAGUCAUUCGUGAUUCUAAAGGAGAAUUUUAUCUUGAAGGAGGUGCGAUGGUCUUGGCCGAUGGAGGUGUUGUAUGCAUUGAUGAAUUUGAUAAAAUGCGGGAAUCGGAUCGUGUGGCUAUUCAUGAAGCUAUGGAACAACAGACAAUAUCGAUUGCAAAAGCUGGAAUUACGACGAUUUUGAAUUCACGUACAAGUGUCUUGGCUGCUGCAAAUCCUGUAUUCGGUCGUUAUGAUGACAUGCGCUCUGCUUCUGAAAAUAUUGAUUUAAUGAGUACAAUUUUAAGUCGAUUUGAUAUGAUUUUUAUCGUCCGUGAUAUCCAGGAUGAUGCAAGGGAUAGACAAAUGGCUGCACACGUGGUUCGGAUGCAUACGAACGCACAUGCAUCGGCGGCGGCUGGAAACUCCUCGACCAGUGAAAAUGGCACUAGUGGCGUGCAAGCUCUUCAGGAUUUUUACGUUGGCGUACGUGACGAUGUGCGUCGUACGCAAGGCGGUGAAACGACUAUCCCUGUUACUGUACGUCAGCUUGAAGCUCUUGUACGUAUCUCGGAAUCACUAGCAAAGAUGCACUUACUCAGUGAAGCUACGCGUGAGCAUGUGCAAGAGGCUAUUCGGUUAUUUAGUGUGAGUACAAUGAAUGCAGCCAAGGACGGCGGCACACAAGGACUCUUUGGUGGUUUGCACGAAAAAGCACAGGAGGUAGAGCAGAGUAUUAAUCGCACUCUGCGCAUUGGCACACGCGUCGAGACCAGCGCAUUAUACAGUCGUCUUGAGGCACAAGGCUAUGGCCCGAACGCUAUCCAACGUGCGAUACGAGCUAUGGUGCAGAAGGGAUCGCUUCGACAGCUGAGCCAGUACAAGUUUGUAUCUCGCAUCAAGUAA